AUGGCAACCACCGUCGUUCUGCCUAGUCUUCCGCCAACUAUACCCGCUGCGCCUAAGCCUGGUGACAUUCUCAAGCAUCCCUCGCUCGAUGAGAAGAAGAAGGAGGCUAGCAUUAGUAUCAAAGAUGCGCCAUUUUCCGACAUCGACCCUGGUGUUUUCAACAGCGAGCUCGUGAAGCUCAAGAUCUAUGCCAAGCCCCAGAAAGAUCUCUUGGCGAAGCCAGAAAUUGGCAAAGGCAACAUCGUGAAGGGUACCUAUAUUGGCACUCAGGCUGCAUUAACUCACGCAUAUGGCCGAAUUGAGCGAAGCUACGAGUCGUAUUUUGAUGUUCUGCAAGUUGAGCCUACCCUACCUCGCUAUGUAGACCUCAGCCAAAAGAAACAGUUGUUUCAAUGGUCGGCCUAUCCGACAGAAGAUGGCAAGCCUUCUCGAUAUCCUCCCCAUCUGCAGACAAUUCCCAAAAAUGAACAAGAGAGCAAAAUCUUCAACGCCCUCGGCCUCGUUGAGACUGGUUUGAUAAUCAAGCAGAUCAUCCCAGAUACCUUUCUGGGCAAGACAGCCCUUUGGAUUACUGGCCUUAAAACCGGAAACAUCUCCGGCGCUCCGACUGCAGGAAACACGAUUGACGCCUUUGUCAAGUACAACGCAGAACAUCGAAAAUCAGGAACCGAUAUUGAACAAGGACGCAAUAUCGGCCUUUUGCCUGAUUGGUUCAGCGAUCGCCGUUUCGCCGAUCAGUCUUUCACUGGCACCAACCCCACUACCAUCGAAAAGGUCCCCAAGGACCUCCUUGCCGAGUUCAUCGAGACCGCAAAGCGUGAUGGGUGGGAUUACUGGGCCAAGACUCUUCCCACCAUUGACUCUGCUUCGCUUUUCGUGCAAGACACCCGCUACUUCCGAAAGGCUUUUGGCGCGAAGCCUGAUGCUGAGUUGAAGCACAAGGAGCCUUCUUCGGACGAGAAUUGGGCUUGUUCAGCAGUGACUCUCUAUCAGCUCCGUGAGGACGGCAAGUUGCACCCAAUUGCCAUUGUGUGUGACUACAAGACUAGCAUGAAAGACUCGGUCACCAUUUUCAACCAGCGCAAGGAUCCCUCUGACUCGUCUGUGAAGGAGAAGGACGACUACCCGUGGCGAUAUGCAAAGACCUGUGCCCAGGUUUCAGACUGGAUUCGUCAUGAGGUUGGUGUGCACCUGACUCGGGCUCACUUGAUCGAAGAGGCCUUGAUCGUUGCAACCCAUCGUACUAUUCCUAUGGAGCACACGAUCUUCAAGAUUCUUCAGCCUCACUGGUACAAGACUCUAUCUCUUAACGCUGCUGCAAGAGAAACACUUGUUCCACAAGUGAUCAAGGAUCUUGUUGGCGUCAGCCCAGAUGCCCUGUACUCAUACGUCAAAUAUGAGUUUGAGAAUUUUGACUUUGUCAACAAUUACGUCCCCAACGAUUUGUCCAAGCGUGGGUUCCCUAGUACUACUGAGGGCCUCGCGGACAAGAAGUACAAGAACUACGCAUACGCCAAGAACAUGGUUUCCAUGUGGAAUGCCAUUCGCUCGUAUGUCAUGAAGAUGCUCUUGAUGUACUAUGACCAGAAAACUGCCGAUAAAAUGGUUCAAGAAGACCCAUACGUCAAAGAGUGGUGCAAGGAAAUGCAGACAAGUGGUUGGAUCAAGACCUUCCCAACUAUCACGACUCUUGAUCAGCUCUGUGAUGCUUUGACUAUGUCAAUCCACAUCGCCGCUCCAUUCCACAGCGCCGUCAACUACUUACAGAGCUUCUAUCAGUCAUUCGUCCUCGCCAAACCUUCCACUCUGUGCAACCCACUGCCGACGUCCCUCGCCGAUCUCAAGAACUACACCGAGAAAAACCUUCUCGACGCCCUACCAGCUGAUCGUCAAAGGGAAUGGCUACUUUCCGUUCAAAUCCCCUGGCUAUUGAGCUUCAAGGUACCCAGCGAGCGCAGUCUGAUCAAUUUUGCGCAGUCUCAGUGGCGCGCACACAAGUCUGGAGAGAGUGAUGUGGACAAGAGUAUCAGCAAGUUCAGUGAGGCAUUCUAUCUCGACUUGAAGAAACUCGAGGUUGAGUUCCUUAUCACGAGUAAGGGGAUGGAUGAGGGCGCUAUUCCCUACAUGGUCUUGGAUCCCGGCAACACUGCCGUGUCUAUCUUGAUUUAA